AGAGUGCAGGCUCGCACUUAUUUGCAGAUGUUUCAAGUAGGUCAAAACUAGAGAUGAAGUUAUUUUAAAAUGAAUUUUCGAAGAUUAAACGGCUGAAACAGGAUAAAAUUUUGACGUUGUUAACGUCGUAUGGAUAUCAAAUCCUUUAGGCUGUGAUAGAUGAUUUGAUGGCAAAAGUUAUGGAUAGUUUAGUCGGUGCUGGCGAUAGUUUAUCACGGUUAGAAGUUGGUGGUAAUUCGAGAAGUUUCGACAACGAAACUAGAAAAUUGAUACAACGAUCUGUUAUUUUGAAGAGGGACGAAAGGGCUAAUGGUUAUGGGUUAACUGUUACUGGGGAUAAACCUGUAUUUGUAGCCUCAGUAAGAGAAGAGGGACCUGCCUAUCGUUCUGGUAUCAGGAAGAAUGAUCGUAUAAUCAAGGUGAGUCACCAAACGCUGCUUGGCACCGCUCCGUACCUACCUAAAUAA